AGUCCCCGCCAAGGGCCCCUUGAGGGCACCUGCCCCUGAGCUCCCACUCCCAAGGGCCAGGGUGGGCCAGCGGAGCUUGCCAGGCCACCUCUACUCAGCGGUGCCUCCCUUUGUCUGUCUUGGCCCUCAGUCUCUCUGGCUGCCAAUGGGGCCCUUGGAUGACAUCUGUGACAUUGUGCCCCUCUGCUUAUUUAUUCAACCAAUGGGUCCUGGCACCUCUGACAAGUCAACCUGGUGCAGGGACCAGGGACCCAGCUGACAGAAGGGGACGUGGUGCCCGCCCGCACUUGGCUCCACUUGGGGUGGGGAAGUGGUUGUGGCUCCUCCAGAAAAAUCACUGUGAUUUGUUGGAGCUGCAUGAUGAGGAACAGGCCAGACAAAUGGGGACGUUUGUCUGAAUGGGAAUCUGGGAGGGCUUUCUGAGAAGGUGACACAGGAGCCGAGGCCUCAGUGACAUCAAAGAAACCGCCACAUGGAGACCUGUGGGGAAGCACUCCAGGCAGAGGUACAGCCUGUGCAAAGGCCCUGGGGCGGGACAAGCCUGGCCUGUUGGAGGCACAGCAAGGAGCUAAGUGGCUGCGGCAGGGGAAUGCAAGGCUUCUGUUGCUGUUGAAGACCUUCUGCCCACGCCGAGCCGCAGCCGUCUGUCCCCUGCAGGGCCCAUGGACACCUUCAGCACCAAGAGUCUGGCCCUGCAGGCCCAGAAGAAGGUCCUGAGCAAGAUGGCGUCCAAGGCCACGGUGGCCGUGCUCCUGGACGACACCAGCAGCCAGGUGCUGGACGAGCUGUACCGGGCCACCAAGGAGUUCACGCGCAGCCGCAAGGAGGCGCAGAAGGUGGUGAAGAACCUGGUCAAGGUGGUCGUGAAGCUGGGCGUGCUGCUGCGCGCCGGGCAGCUGGGCAGCCGCGAGCUGGAGCUACUGGGGCGCUUCCGCCAGAGGGCCCGCGGCCUGGCCCUGACCGCGCUCAGCUUCCACCAGGUGGCCUUCACCUUCGACCGGCGCGUGCUGGUGGCUGGGCUGCAGGAGUGCCGUGACCUGCUGCACCAGGCCGCCGGCCCGCACCUGACCGCCAAGUCCCACGGCCGCAUCAACCACGUCUUCAGCCACGUGGCCAACUGCGACUUCCUGGCCGCGCUCUACGGCCCGGCUGAGCCCUACCGCUCCCACCUCCGCGGGAUCUGCGAGGGCCUCGGCAGGCUGCUGGACGAGGACAGCAUCUGACCCCCGGGCGGCGUCCGAGACUCGGCUGGACGCUGUCCCUCCAGCCAAACCCGCCGGGCCACCCGUCCCAGCUCCUGCAGCAGCAGCUCCGAGGACCCGUGGCGCCCUCCUCCCCACCCUGUGUGAUAGGCAGGCGCCCAUCAGGCCCAGGUGCUUCCCGCCCAGAGCCACUGCCUGCUCAGGCCACCUGUGGUCCUCCCCGUUCCAUGUCCUGGGCUGACCGCAGGCCACCGGCCUGCUCCCCUCAAACCACUGCAUGGGUUUCCAAAGCAGGGCUUCCCGGUCCUGGUGCUGGACACCAGUCACCCAAGCAGGUCACUGAAGGAAAGAGUGCAACGGGUCAAACUGUCCCCCAGUCCACGUUCCCCCUGGCCCUGGGAGGGGCCGCCUCUGGAAGGGGUGUCCCUGUCAGCGCUGUCCCCAUAUGGGGAACGUGGGCCCAGACGCACAAGCGAGGACGUCAGGUGACCGUGGAGGCAGAGCAAGGUGACAUUUCAACAAAACAAGGUGCUGAGGACCGCUGGCCAACUCCGGAGGCCAGGACAAAGCGCAACCCCGACUCGGGGUGGGGCAAAGCCAUCUGAGCGUGUCCUUUAAUCAUAAUUUCAUGAUGGAAAUCAACAUUUUCUUUCCGGGACUGCAGGGCUGGGUGCGGCCGGGACAGCACGGCCACACGCAGCAGGCCCAGGUCCGUGGUCAGCAGAGGCCUGGCCUGGCCGUGCACAGGUGGGGUGGAGACAUCUGCGCGUGCCCGCUGGGAGGCCAGGCUGUCUCCACCAGCUGUCGGGUGCCUGGGAUGGGCAAGCCUGGCAUUGAGGGUGAAGGUGGCAACAGAUGCCUGUGCCCCCCCAGGCCGGGUGGGCGGGGCGGGGCUACCUGGCACCUGGGGAGUCCGUGCCAGCUGCCACCACGGAAGCAGGAGCCGCACAGGGCUCCAGAGCCUCGUCCGGGCACCGUGCCACCUGCGGAGCCCUGCAGGGGACACCUGCUCCUCCAGACCCUGGCUCUCCUGCUGCCCACUGCCGCGGUCAGAGCCAAGUUCAGGGUGGCCCUCGGGGCAUGGCUUCCGCUCCCCCACCCAGAGCUUUUGCUGAGAGCAGCUCCUGCCUCUGCCUGCCGAGGGGACCCUCUAACACCAGGGCAGGGGCCCACCCUGGUGUCCCCAAGAAGCCCCAGGCUGAGCCGGAGAGGCCAUGGCGGGCUGCCCCGCUGCCUGUCCACUCCUCCAGGAACCCGAGACUUAGUUCAAGCCCUGGAGAGCGCAGAGCGCCUGUGCGUGACGUGGACCAGGACAUGCUCCUGGCGCCAUCAGCUCCUGUGCCGCUGCGCUUCUCUCCAGCUGAGGUUGGUGUGAAGGCCAUGUCUGUGGCCCUGGGUGACGAGUUCCAUUUCUGCCCCACUGGUCACAUGCACGGCUGCAGGGCACGACGGGCCGCGACUUGGGAUUCACCUCAGCUCCACUCAGACGCGCGGCCAGUCUGAUUUAGAGGCUGUGGCUGUCCCUGCACAGGGCACCCCCGGUCCUGUGUCCUAGGGGUGGCCAUCAGCUCUCAACUGUCCUGCACAGGCUGCGGCAGCCCCUGCCCCCAGCGUGGAGGGUCACCCCCCAGAGGCCCCUGGGAGGGACCCUUUAGCACCGCCCUCUGGAGGCCGCUCCUGGGGUCCAGGGACCUCCUCUCAGGAGACCUACAGGUCUAGGGCCACCUUGCUCUGCGUCUUCCAGGUGUGGGCAGGUGCCCCACAUGCUCGGGCGCUGCACAGGGGGACAGCAGUGUCACCUCCAGGGCUGGCCCAAGGGAGCGGGAGCAGGCCUCAGCGGUCUCCUCUGCCAGCAGCAGGGGCCAGAGGUCAGGCCUGGGCCGAGGCCCUGUGCUGGGAGCGCAGUGGCCAAGGGGCGUGGCCAGGGAGGGGCCGCCGCUCUCCUUUGCUGUGACCCAACUUCCAAGAGCCAACCAGCCCUGCACCAGGGCUGGGCGAGGGGCCAGCGUCCUGCCGUCCACCUGCAGUGGCGAGGCCAGAGCUUCAUCCCAGGGAGUCCACUCUGGAGAUGCCAUGACCAGGCGGGCCUCGUCCGGCAGGGAGGACCGUAGGUGCCAGGGGCUGUCCACAGCUGCUUUUUAUUGGUUUUAUUUAUUUAAAUACAAAAGAACAGUCUGUCCCUCCCCGGCUGUCGGGAGGGUGGUCCUGGAGCCGGGUGCUCGGGGGGUUCAGAGGGAGCACGUGGCUCCCGUGCCUGGCGGGGCCCCACAGGGACGCAGGCUGGCCUCAGAAGAGCCCUCUGGUUAUGGGGACCAGCCGUUCUGGCCCUGGGGGCCAGUGUGUGGUGGAGGUGGGACUCUGUGCCAGCUGCGGGGUCCCCAGGACACGGGGGGGACCAGAGCUCCUGCAGAGCCAGCACCGGGCCGGGCCCCGGCUCCUCCAGCGGGAGAGACCCGGCGCCUGGUGGGCAGUCACAGCUCACUGUGGGCGGCCUUGGCCACGAUCACCAGCUUGGACAGCUCAGCCUUGAAGGCCCCGGGCCUGUGGGACACUGCAAGAGACAAGAGCGUCGUCAGACGGCCACAAUGCCACCCGAGGCCCAGGAACCUGGGGCGCUGUGGGGGGCAGGGGAGGCGCAUCUGGCAGUGGCCCCACAUGGCAGGCUCCGGGUGGGACCAGGUGCAGAAGGCCAGCCUGGGGAGAGCCAGGCAUGAGCAGGUACGGGUGGCCGAGCCGCCAGCUCCUGCCAUCUGUGGCCCAUGAUCAUCUUCCAACACCGCAGGACGCUGGCCUCUCCCCUUGUCAGUGAGUGCGACGGCUGAGGGGGACCCUCUGUCCCUCCCCUGGCUCAGCACCUGCCCUGCACAGCCGAACAUGGCUCGAGGACACUGAUGGGGCUCAGACCACCCGGAGGACCCCAUGCUGCCCGGCGCCCCCGGCUCCCCUGGGCUAUGCUGCUGCCCUCAGCCUCCAGGCCACAGGCACCUCGGGUGCCCAGCCCUGUUUCCCAUGGAGCUCGCCCUGGGCGCCCAGCGGCAGUGACUUUCCACACUCGUGUGCGGCAGGCACCGCGGAGCUGGGCUGCGGCCUGAGCGGACACAGCCUGUGCACCGAGCGCGGUUAACGUUUUUAAAUUGCUUUAAAAAAAAUAAAAAGGGAUUUCUUUUGUUCCAA